UAAUAGCUAUAACACCAAUUUCCACGAUGUCCAUACGAUUGAGGAUUGGCUGGGUAGCAUCAACAUGGCCCGGUAUGCAACACACUUUGCUAACGCUGGAUAUAUGGACCUUGGUCACGUGAAAUCCCUUGAGGAAGAAGAUUUGUCAAGAAUUGGUGUCAAGCUUAUUGGCCAUCGAAAUAAGAUCAAUAAGAGCAUUAAGGCGAUGAACAAGCAYUUUGAAAGUCUGGAAUCCGAUGAUUCAGAAAAGCAAACCUUUGUUUGAAGUGGAUAUAUUGGAAAUAAUACUUUKGGAUUAUAAGAAGMAAGCUAUCAACGUCACRCGUACUCAAGARAUUGUAUAAGUACAUUGGAUAAAGAUAGCAUGGUGAUAUGGAGUCAUUGGUUGCAUUAGAAAGCAUGAAGUAAUAAUGUUGGCUUUAAGUGAGCAACUAAGAAGAAUGAUAUGGAUUUARAACUAGAAAUACUUCGGAAUAUAAAGAAAAAGCAGGAUUAGUUUAUAUAUUGCGUUAAUUAUGAAGACAAGACAUGGAACAUUAAUGAAAUUACUGAAGGUUUUCAUUGGAUUUAAAGAAAAAAGUUGCAUUACCACAAGAAAAAGCUGUUGCUAUAUAUGGCAUGUGUGGAAGAAACGAGGACCUUCUGUUAUUGUUUAUGCAUCUACAGAGGAGGAAAUCUCCUAAGUAAAGUUACUCCUAAGUGUUUUAGUCACUCCUAAGUGAUACUCUGAUCUGAAGAUACUCUGMAAGAUUUUUUUGCAUGUUUAUCAACGUUGGAUUAAACCAAAAGAAAAAAAAAUACUUCUAGUUUAGAGCUCGUUGCUGUUGAAUAAUGGCGUUUCAGUCUGUUUCAGUUGGAUAUUAUUUUUGUGUACAAAGCAGGCGCUUCAAGCGGAAGCUGGCCGCGGAAAAAAUGGUCGAGAGAAGCCAUUUUGGCUGGAACCAUCUGUUUUGUAGAUAAAAUAUUUUAUUUUGUUGUAUUUCUCAAGUUAAGAAGGUAAACCCGCUGUGCGAGGUAACCGAAGACGUUCCCUUUAAUCAAUGGAUUUUAUCCAGUUGUAGAAACUAUAUAGUGAAAGGUUGCCUUGGCUACACGGAAGAGGUUUUCAAGAACAAUAAGAUAUAACGAUAAAUUAGCAAAUAUUUUAAUAAUUUAAAUAACAAARUAUUGUAUAUAAAAAUAUCAAAAUCGUUCGUGCUUAUACAUUUCUAUAAUAAAUCACACAAACUAAUACAACAAGUACGGUACGGCCUGCCGUAUUACAUGGAAGGUAAAAUUAUGACUAAUGAGCCUCCUCCACUGAGCUACUCCUCGGAGCUCCUGUGUCACUUUUUGUCAAAGGCCAUGUACAAUGAAAGACUACUAGUCUUGGUGACCAGUUUAGAUAUUAUCUGUUUUUGAAGGCCUCUUCCAACUAUUACAUUAGUAACGUAUAGAACGAGAAGCUUUGAAGUUUCAUUGAGAAAUGUAGAAGGGUUAAAUUUAAGUAUUUCAUGCACUAAAAAAUGCCUUGUUAAGGUAUAUAAUGGUUAUCUCAAAUCCAUGCACAGAAAAACAGGCAUUUUUACAUUGUGUGUAUCUUCCAUGAUAGUAAUAUGUGUUGCCGAAGUAAAACGAUGGAAAAUUUUAAUAAAAAUGUGCAACUUUAAA